UCAGGUCUGUGUGCACCGGCGGUGCGGAUUGCCUACACUGUUUCAGAGUCUGUGAAGUCAGUAGAGGUAAGGGCUCAGAGCCUGUCAUUCCAGCCGGAUCUCCGCCUUCUGUAAAUGGUAGGUUAUAUCUGACUUAAGGAGAGAAAUGAGCCCGACGGACGCUAAACGAGGAGCCAAGCGGAGAAAGAGCAAACGGGGCGGUGGCAGCAGUAGCUGCGGUAGCGCUAUAAGUGGCUAUAACGCCAAGGCCGGGUCCUCAGCCGCGGUCAGAAGUCCCCAGACCCCCGGAGCGCCCGAUCCCCUCAUGAGUUUAUUAACAGCAGGGUGCCCUGGAAACAGUAAUGCAGCUGGCAUCGCGGGCUUGAACGGAGAGGUGUCAAUGAUUGGUACACAAUUUUCAGAAGGGCCAGCGAAUUCUGACUUCAAAGGAGCCAUGCAGACCCCGUUCACCUUUGGGAUGGGCCAGAAGGCACCGUACGGCACCGGAGAGUGCUGUUUGCUGUGCAGGAGAGAGCGGAAAGACGACUCUCUUUUGGACCCUGCGGUGUCCGGUUCAAGCACAGUGGCACUUUCUGCAUCCUCAAAGAGCAGCAGCAGCGCGCCGCAGCUGCCCCUGUGGGUGUGCCCUGAGUGCAGGCGUGCCGUGGAGACAGAGGAACGGCGCACCACCUCUGAGCUGUUGCCGGGGAGCCAGGACUUUCUGCCUCACAUGCCCGUGGGGAGCGGCCGGUCCCUGCAGGAGACCGUCAGAGGAGGGGCGCUGGCUGUUGGAGCUCCCCCCGCCCCGGCCCUGAACCUGAGCCCCGCUCUGGCCACAAAUGCGCUGUGCAGUUGUGAGGCCUGCAUCAUACAGAGGGAGAACUCUGCGGAAUCGGAGAGGCAGUCUCAGGAGAUGCAGAAGUACUGGUCGGAGGUGCGCUUUAUGGUCAGGUGCAUUUACCGGCAAACUGGGACACCGCUGGCAGAUGACCAAGACCAGCCUCAGGAUCCUGACAAGGAGGGCAUAAAAAGACUGGUGGAUAGGCUCUGUGAGAAGGACCCCUACCAGCUGUACCAGCGUCUGGAGCAGCAGGCGCGGGAGUACGUUCUGGAGGUGAAGACGCGUCUUCUCAAACAGCUGUCAUCGGGGUCGAAGGUCAUGUCCGAGGAGGAGGUGGGCCCCCCUCAGGCACACCAGUUCAUCUCCCUGUUGUUAGAGGAGUACAGCGCCCUCUGUCAGGCCGCACGGACAAUCAGCACCUUCCUGCUCACGCUGGAGAAUGAGCAUUUGAAGAAAUUCCAGGUGACGUGGGAGCUGCAAAACAAGCACCUUUUUGAGAAGCUGGUGUUUUCAGAACCCCUUUUGCACAACAGUUUGCCGUCUCUGGUUGCACAGCUGAGGCAUGGCACAACCUCGCGGGACUCGUACAGCGAGGACAUGUAUAGCGCAGUGCUCGAGAGCUACCAGCAGCUGGAUCGGGAGAUGAGCGCUGUUGCUCUGGAGUGGCUGGAAUGCGAGAAGCGAAUCGACAGCUAUGUCAAUGAGCAGUUACUCUUUAAGGAUGAAGGACAGAGCCACAUGGAGCAAAGGAAUGAACCACAUAAUUCUCUUAUAAACACAAAUGUGCCAUUAAAAACAAAACAGCAAAUGCUAAAAGAAGACUGGGAGUUCUUUAAACAAAGAAGAUUUAAUGAAGAACAGUUAACAAACAGUAAGAAAUCCCUCGCAGGAGACAACUUCACUGACACUAUGAGACACAUGCUGUCAUCUAGGCUGAGUAUACCUGACUGCCCAAAUUGUAAUUAUCGAAGAAGGUGUACCUGUGAUGACUGCAGUCUGUCGCACAUCCUUACCUGUGGAAUCAUGGACUCCGCGGUCACGGAGGAGCUCCACGUGACUAAGGCCGUUCUGGACUACCCGUCCGAGGUACACCCGCCCAGCAUGUCUUCCACCAGCUCCAGCUCAGGCUCCAGCUCCGGCUCCAGCUCCGGCUCCCCCAUCCAGCAGCACCUUCACCUCAUCCUCCCGGACAGAGGGGGAGUUGUUGAUGGCGACAGUGAUGGUUCUCCAUUGUCAGCCAAGUUUGCGGACGUUUACCCACUGAACGGCUAUGAUGUCGCAGAGGUGGUGUCCAGCAUGAAUGGUAUCCACAGAGAACUGAAUGGCAGGGGCGAAAACAUGGCACUGAAUGAUGAGUCUCCACGACCGACCAGCAGCAGCAGCUCGUCAGAGGAGGAGGAGGAGGGGGAUGGCAUGAACAGUGCAGAUCCUCCAGGACUGAAGGGGGAGCCGUCCCCGGGGAAGGUUAACUCCGUGAAGGACAGUUUGAGGAACAGCAGCCCUCCUCCAUCGUACCCCAACCAGCAGCAGGCCGAGCAGGACCCGUAUGUGUGUGAGUGCCACGUCUGCAAGCAGGAAGUGUGCGGAUUCAGUCCCGCUCCUCUGCACCCCUCUGGCCGGCUGCAUUUGAGUCACCAGCUCCUCCCAGAGAAGACCUCUCACCCCGCCCUGCACCUUUACCCCCACAUCCAUGGCCAGCUCCCCCUGCAAAACAUGUCCCAUUUGCCCAGACCUCUCCCUCACCCCAUGCCCUACCCAAGCGCCCCCUUCUCACACGGCAAGACUCUUCCACUAGCCCCUGUGUCAAACCAUGCGGGCCAGCAUCAGGAAUUCAGCCCCUCUCUACAAGAGCACAUUUAUCAGAACUGCUUCGGGAAUGCGGCUGACUGGAGCAGCCCUCCACAUGGUCCCCCGCUCAAGUUUGAGAACAUCUGGGAGACCACCAUGAAGACCUGGAACUCAGCUGCUUUCUUGCAGGGGAACCAGCCAGGUGACAUGCUGAGUCUUCCAGAGAUGAGGCCAGAACUUCCGCCACUGUCAUGCAACGGUGAACCCACAGUUCCUGCCGAAACCAAGGAGCACAAAAACGCUGCCAAGAAGAAGUGCCCCUAUAAUUUCCAAAACGCCUUCAUGGAUGCCAACAAAGUAGUGAUGGCGACGUCGUCGGCCACCUCGUCCGUAUCCUGCACAGCAACCACUGUCCAGUCAAGUAAUAAUCAGAUCAAAGUUUCAUCCAAAAGACCCACUUCCCUAGGUGAUGUAUUUCACCAUAUAGGUCAAGAAGACUACAGACAGCUGACUGCAGUUGCUCCUAGGACUAGUCCCAUAGGUUUUGCCUCUUUCCCUCCUCUUGCUGCUACAACGGUGCCUCCAGGCUCUGCCCUCCACUUCCCCAAUCCCGGAGCUCCGCCCUUCCCAAAGACUGCUGCCAUGGCCCCCGGCUUCAUGGACCCUCACCAGGGCUUCUGCCCCUCCCCCUCUGUCCUCUCUGCCCCACCCAUCGAGGGUGCCAUCAGUGCGCCACCCAGCCUGUGCAGUGACCCUGACUGUGAGGGCCAUCGCUGCGACGGCCGUGGCGGCUAUGACCAUCAGCCCUACGAUGGCGAGGACAGCCAGGACGAGGACAGCUGCUCGGAACACAGCUCCAGCACCUCCACCUCCACCAAUCAGAAGGAGGGAAAGUACUGUGACUGCUGCUACUGUGAAUUCUUUGGCCAGGGAGGGCCUCCGGCGGCACCGACGAGCCGAAACUAUGCAGAAAUGCGAGAGAAGCUUCGCCUUCGCCUCACCAGACGGAAGGAGGAGCAGCCCAAGAGAGACGAGCACCUGUCGGACCGCGACGGCGUGGAGGACCACCGCAAAGUGGAGGACCUGCUGCAGUUCAUCAACAGCGAGGACUCCAAACCUGCCAGCAGCUCCCGGGCUGCCAAAAGGGCACGACACAAACAGAAGAAGAUGGAAGUGAAGGCCCGGCAGGAGGCAGAGGUGCGAGAGAGAGAGGAGGAGCAGAGGCGGAGGGAGGAGGAGGAGGAAGCACUCAGGCAGGAGCUGCUCCAGCUCCGAGAGCUCCAGCAGCACAGAAACACCAAAAAGAAGAAGAAGAAAGAGAAAGGCAGAGAGGCUCUGCAGACUCCCCAGCUCCUGAAGGAGUCUGCUCAGAAGGCCCUGGACAACCUGAAGAACGGCAAGACCCAGCUUCUGCAUAACAUCAUCGGGCUACCUGGUCCCCCAAAUGGACCAAUCAGCAGCAAGGAGCCGGAAGCCACCCAACAGAACCUCAUACAGCUCCACCAGCUGAUUUGCCGGGAAAAUGGUAAGGAGACAUCCAUGGAAUCACCGGCACUGCCAACAGAGCUGACGGACAAGCCCAAGACCCAGCCGGAGAAGAUAUCUUCAGAAGAGCCCGAGGUCACAAUAUCGGCUGUGAGGCCUAGCAGCUGCCCUCGAGCCCAGACAGACGCCAGGUCUGCACCCGCUGAGAAUCAGCAUGCCGAGGCAAGGAUCAGUGGGUCCAACGGGCAGAACCAGCUGAACCACAUCCAAGAGGAGAGAGGGUCUCCUGACACAGAGCCAGCACAGGCAGAACCACUGCAGCAUGAGAAGGCCAGCACUGCUGAUUCCCCACAGCCCAAGAGUAAAGCCAAGAAGAGCAGGAAGAAGAAAGGAGAGAAGAACAGUUGCUCCAUUGAUGACGUGUUCCUGCCCAAAGCCAUUGAUUUGGACAGUGAAGACAUGGACGAGACUGAGCGAGAGGUGGAGUAUUUCAAAAGGUUUUGCCUGGAUUCAGCUAGGUUAACGAGGCAACGGGUGUCCAUCAACUGGUCCAAUUUUAGCUUGAAGAAAACCACGUUUGCUGCCCAUUGAUGGCAAGGGGUCGGUGGGAAACCCAAUCACCGUGACGACUGACAACCCAGCCCUGCUGUGUGGAAAUGCCACCGCCACCUGGCCUUGUCCCUGCUGCUGCUGCUGCUGCUGGACUGACCCACCAAAAAUCCAUCUGUUCUUGUACUCUCACAGAACCAGGAAAAAACAACUGCUUUCUACCUGAGUUUGUUUGGCUUGUGUGCUUUUAACCCGUGAGUGGGACUGAGUUCUUGUAAUUUGAGCCACUUCCCAGUGUGGGUCAGUCUUCCCAGACUGGUUGUGAUUUUGCUCCAGGUUUUCUUUGGCAUGUAACGUCACAGUGCUAGCUUUCACCAUGCUGGAUGGCAGACUAGGAGACAAGUGCUUUAGUGCCCUAUUGGGCAAGAGAGAUCAUUCUUUUGGAACUACCCAACAGUUAAAUCGUUCAGGAGCAAUACUCUUCUAUUGUUGGGAUUUUUGUCUAUUUAUUUACCUAUUAAUAUCCACCUACAUAGAUGGAUGUAUUUUAUCCACCUAUCAACUGUCCAGUUCGUCUCAGAUAUUUUUCCCUAGUCCCCAGGUAAAUGUGUACAUUGCAAUGCUUCAGAAAAUGGCAGAAAUGAGCAUUUGGUAUUGUUCACUCAGAAAUGUUCCUCUCUCUCUCUCUCUCUCUCACUUUGUGAAGCAGGCGAAGAGCACUUAAUACAUGCAGUACCUCAGCUUGCCAUCCAGCAUAGAGGUUCCUGGUCCUUCAUGACAUUACCGCAGAACCCUGAUAGAUAUCUGGGUACUGUAAGAAAAUUUAGGGUUGAAAGAGCCAGAAGAAACAGAUCUUUAUUAAAAAAAAAUAAUACCAAAAAUUGUU